AUGAAUAUCUCUUAUCAACCAAUUCCAACCAGGAACUUGCCGCCUGCAAUGGAGGCAGCCGGCAACGAAUUCAUAAAAGCUGCAGCUUUUCUACUCAUACCAUUAGAACUGCUAUAUUUUUCGAUCUACUUCAACACGAAGGGAGCGUACAAUGUCUACAGGAUCCUGAAUUUCCUAUCAAUAACUACGUUUUGGAUUUCUCCUUAUGUUGCCCCAAUUGCUUGCGGGUCAGUGCGAUGUCUGCAAUGCUUUGCUAUUGCAAUUGGUACAAUGAAAGCGCUGGAUAUCUGGGCGCGUCGCCAUUCAAUGCCCACUUAUACAGCUGGGAGGCGGCCACCAGAUUGGCUUCUGGCGCUCUUGCUUCUCACCGAGUUGAGAUACGAAAGCUUCACGCCAAACCAUAUUCGAGUCCCGAAGAAUCAAGAGAAUUUCAGUGAGCCAAUCCAACUGGGCGUUCAUACUGCCAUAUUUAUCGUGCUGCAAACCCUUCCUCAAAAUCUCCCAAUUGUGCUGGCCUUUGAAGUAAUGUUGGCCAUAUAUAUUAUAUGGACGAGCCUACAGUUAUUACUUCGAUACAAGAGCAGCCCAGCUCUUUUCGGGCCUCUUUAUAUGAUAGAUAGCUUCACAGGUUUCUGGUCCGAAACCUGGCACAAUGUUUUUGCCUCUCCGUGCACCUCCCUAGCAUAUACUCCCCUUCGUUACGGCCUUCCCGAGUACGGAGUGCCGGUUGUAAUUGCUCGUUCGCUCGGUGUCCUGGGUGCUUUCGUUCUUAUGGCAAUCUUCCAUAUAUACGCACUUUCUCCCAUCCUCAACAGAGAAGGUCUUAUUCGAAUCGGGGUAUUUUUUAUGCUUAACGGGAUAGCGACAGUAAGUGAGGCUGCGAUUUGGGGUCAUAAGAAUCACUGGUCGAAAGCAGCGAUGGCGUGGAUUUGUGAGACAAUUCUCGCAACCUGGACUGCGAGCGGCUUGAACAUUCCAAAUGGCCUCUCAAGAGUUCCCUGGAGAGAGCUAUGUGAUGCGCCGAGUUAUUAA